AUGGCUCGUGAAGGUCUUCGUACUCUUGUUGUGGCUAAACGUUCAUUGUCUGCCGCCGAGUUGGAAGCAUUUGAGCGAGCGUACCACACUGCAAAAAUGUCCAUCUCUGACAGGUCUCAAAAUAUGCAGAAUUGCGUGAAUCGUAUGCUCGAAAAGGAUCUUCAGCUAUUGUGCCUUACUGGAGUUGAAGACAGACUGCAGGACCAAGUAACUACUUCACUCGAGCUACUUCGUAACGCUGGAAUCAAGAUCUGGAUGCUAACAGGAGAUAAACUGGAGACGGCUAUCUGCAUUGCAAAAUCGAGUGGUCUAUUCUCCAGGACUGACAAUGUUCAUGUUUUUGGAUCAGUUCAGAACAGAACAGAAGCGCACAAUGAGCUCAAUGCCUUGAGAAGAAAAAGUGAUGUGGCUCUUGUCAUGCAAGGAUCUGCUCUCAAUGUCUGUUUGCAAUAUUAUGAAGCUGAGGUCGCCGAAUUGGUCUGUGGAUGCACUGCUGUUGUUUGUUGCCGAUGUUCGCCUGAACAGAAGGCGCAAAUCGUACAACUUCUACGAAAGUAUCGCGCUCCACUUCGAGUUGCUGCCAUUGGUGAUGGAGGAAACGACGUCAGCAUGAUUCAGGCAGCUCAUGCCGGUAUCGGUAUCGACGCCAAUGAAGGAAAGCAAGCAUCGUUAGCUGCUGACUUUUCGAUCACCCAAUUCUCGCAUGUGUGCCGCCUUCUUCUAGUCCACGGUCGUUUUUGUUACAAACGCUCUUGCGCGCUUUCACAAUUUGUGAUGCACAGGUAG